AUUGAAGUUCGUAAUGGUGGGUACCUCAAAUAUAUAAACCGGGAAACAUCCACCUAUUUUACGACAUAUUUGACUGGGAAGACUAUAUCAAGAAGUUAUACCGUACAGUGGGAUUAUAUUACUCCUUAUUAUUCUUGCUACCAUCUUUUUGGUUUCAAUUGCACUAUCCCACUGAUAGAAGUACUGCAGGAUGUAACUGAUCAGAAUAUGAUUUCGUUUUCUUGGAAGCAGUGGAACGAUGAUUUGUCGGGGAUAGAAGGAUAUGAGUAUGAAGUGUUUCAUCUACAUCCCAAAGGCAAUGUUCUGAAAGAAGACAAUAAAUUACUGUCAUCCAAUAGAACAUCAGCAAAUGAAUUUCAAAGUGAGCUAAAUCUAACAACACCUGGGAUGUUUUCUUUGAUAUUAAGUGCCUUUGAUAGAGCCGGAAACCACAAGUCAACAAGAUCUGUAUUCCUAUAUGAUAAUCAGUCAGUUGUCGAAAAGGUUCCUGGUACAAGAAUCAUUGUUACAGAAAGUGCUGUAGGUACAAAUUAUACAUGGGUAACAAUUGAUACCAGUCGUUUGACUGUGACAUGGACGGGAAGAUUUAGGAAUGAAAGACAUGACAUUUACAAAUGGUGUAAUGAGAUAGAAGACAGCAGUCAUGUUGAUGCAGUUUAUGACGACAGGUUUGGACGAAGAACUGUGGACUGGUUGACAAAUGUCAGAGGUGUUAUCAGGUUUGACAUCAACUAUACAGUCAGUGGACCUGAUGUUAAAUCAUCCGAUGGCUAUACAAAUGUACCAGACAUCUUACAGGAGGGUAAAGUAUUGGAUGUAAUAUGGGAAGAUGGGCAAAAAUUAGAUAUUAGUGUAAAAGCUACUGACGUAGUUGGAAAAUUUACAGAGGAUACAACAACAAUUUACAAAGAUACUACAGCUCCUGAAAUCACAAGACUUUGGUUGACCUAUGACAACAAAACAGAAUUAUAUGUUCAUCGUCAGGAAGAUUUUUCAUCACUUUUGUUUGAAUGGGACACAUUUGAUUAUCACAGUGGAAUUUAUAGCGUACAUUGGAAAUUGUAUGAUAAUUAUACCGGAUCAGACAUAAUUCAUGGAAGCUCUCAUGUGACAGCACAAGGAGAUGUUUCGAACAUGACAUUCUGUGAAGACAAAUAUCAAAGUUCUACACGUGGACCCGAUUGUUAUUGUACGUUAUUCCAUGGAUGCUUUCACAGACAUUUCCAUAUUCAGCCAGAUAUAGUAAACGGAGCAGGACUGAUACCCGGUAAUGAUAAAGGGGUGCACGAUUCCGACUACUUUAUAGAAGUGACAGUCGUCAACAAAGCCAUGCUCACAUCAGUUUUAACAACAAAGAUAACAAUAGACACAAGUCCCCCACAGAUUGGAACUGUUCAUGACGGGUUAUAUGAACUUCCAGAGAUAGAUUAUCAACAAGAUUAUCACUUGGACUUCCACUGGGAUGGAUUCUUUGACCCUGAGAGUGGUGUGCAAUAUUACAAAUAUAUUAUUGCAAAUUACUGUUGGACAAAACAAGACUUAAUUUCAAGCACUGAGGGUAUAGAAACUUAUGAUACAAUUGCAAGUUAUGAUGCUACAGAAGAAGGACUAUAUCACAUUACCGUUAUAGCCAUGAACAGUGCAAACGACGCUUCUGGUGCUGUUUGUUCUGACGGUGUUACCAUCACGUCAGAAAAACCUGGAGUAAAGAAUGUAGUUCUUGAUGGAGCCAGGACGGCUCCUAGACUCGUCACUGACGCUAGGAACAACAUAUGGCUUAUAGGGGAAAAUUUGUCUAGGAGCUUGAUUAACGAUACAUCUCUUUGCAGUGCUGUCACCACAAUGGUGGACGACAUUCAGUUGUUUCCUGAGAAUGAAAAUACAGGCAUAGAUUGUACGCAAAUUCCUUCUCUUGAUUAUUCAUUUCUGUCUGUGCUACCUAGAUCGUCAAAGUUCAGUAUGACUUGGGACUCGAAUAUUGACGAUCAGCUGAUUUACGACUAUGAGAUAGGACUGUCAUCCGCAAGGAGCAAUUCUGCUCCAGAUAUUUUACCUUUCCGUUCAACAAAGCAUCACAGACAUUUUAGAAUAAAUUAUCCUGAUCUGACAGAAGGAACACUAUUUCAUAUCAUUAUCAAAGCUGUUAGCAAAUCUAGAGUUGAAGGAAUUCAGAAUUUCGGCCCGGUCAUAAUUGACACUACACCACCAACAUUUAGUGGCUCUCAGAUUAAUUUGAAGUUUGAAGAUGGAACACUUCUAGCUAAUUGGACAAAGACAGCAUUUACAGAUGUCGAGGAUCCAUUUCCACUGCAAUAUAUUUCCCAUCCUUGUCUUCUAAUUAUAUCAAGGCUCUGGAUAUUUGACGGUGGAGACUGUAUAAAUAAUGACUGUGACCUGAUUGAAAUAGAUUUCUCUGUAGCAUACAAUAUAUUGGCCACCGAAUGGAAAGGAUUUUUCCAUCCACACUUACAGCUUCAUUACAAAGUUUGCAUUGGAAGCGUGAAAGGGAGUUGUGACAUAGCUACGGAAAACAACCUUGAUGAUUCAACCAAUCAAUUCAUAUUUAAAAACUUGUCACUUUCAAAUUUGCAGACAUAUUAUACAACAGUUGAAGCUGUGACGACGACUGGUUCUGUCAGGAAAUCAUCUGAUGGAGUUACGAUUAUUAACAACAAAACAGGACUUUCAGGAGUUAUCAUUAAUGAUGGACCCUUAUGUUCCGAUAUAAUUGUACUGAAUGCAAGUCAUCACGUCCGUGAUAUUGUUCCUAGCUGUGAAAUUGACAUUGACUAUCAGAUAUCGACAACAACUCUGCAAUCAAAGUGGGAAGUUCCAAAUAAUUUAAAACACAUUGUCCGAAGUGCAUACUGGAGCAUCGAUAAAAGAUCUACAGUUGCAGAAGUUUGGUUCAAAUUCAGGGACUUUAGUUACAUAGGAACCCAAAGUCAUGUGAUAGUGACUGAUUUAGAUCUACAGCCUGGUUUGACAUACAGAUUUACGAUAAAACUGUGUGCUGAUGAUGUAUGUUUCCCAGAAAUAAGCAGCAAUGGCGUAACUGUAAUACCAAGUUAUCCUGUCACUGGUUCUAUAAAUGUUCAGUUGGAGAGUCAAAAGAUGACAGUUGUAUUUGCAGCUAUGUAUGACCCUGAUACAGAAGACAGGAUUGAGGCAUUAAAUGCUAUAGGAACAUAUGAAUGGGCUAUAAGUGACGGACAAUAUGUGGGUGGAUUGUAUGAAAAAUGGAAUGUAGUAAAUAAUGUUAUGAAGAUAAACAAAACUCAUGUAAGACAGUUAUAAUUUAUUAUUUUCCAGUUCCAGUCAUAUUCUUUCGCUUGUUUUCAUAUUGUAAAACGGAUUUUUGAAAGAUGAUGUUAGUUUUUAGUGAAUUGAAAUUAUAAAAUAAACAUUUCGGCAUUAACUGUCAACGACUAAUUGCAGUUGCCCUUUUUAGUGUUUUUGGUUGUUAACUUUAAAGGGCUAUGCAUAUUCCUCCACACAUUAUAUUUGUGCUACAAU